AGCGGGGAGCUUUCCCGUCCGACUGCCCAGCGGGCGCUAGCCCUGCCCUGGGGAGCAUCCUCUGCCUUCAGUGGCGGCACCCCUACGUUCCCGGUCGCCAAGGGGACACGCUGAUAGCCCGGGUGCGUUUAACUCGGCCGUGAGAAACCCUCCUGUUCUCUCUGCUGUAUUUCUGCCUCGGGUCUAGGAAUUUUAAAUGCUGUCCUAGCUAACAGAACCACUCCUGUCAGUGGUAAUUGCUAGCCUGGCUGAGUUUCCAGCCAACACUGGGUUGCCUUACUCUUCCUCCGCAGAGGCUCUUUUGAUUAUUAGUCUGUCCUCCUGGUUUUGUGCCUAGAUUCUAUGGCAGCUCAAGGUUGGACCAGCGGUAUUUUUGGAUGGAGUAUGCAAGCUAGGUAGUCUAGUCUUGUUCAAGGGCAAAAAUAGCCAAUCUGGGAGAAGUUUCUGCCUGACUUAAUAAGUUGGUAAAUUCAGCAAAAAGCCUGAACACUGUCACUCAUUAAACGUUCAUGUUACUCCAACAUAUAGCAAGUAGUGUUAUUAUGCCUAUAAAUACAUUUUUUAUUCUGCCAUACUGUUUUCUGAAGUAGGACUUUUUGUGGGAGUGGGUUGGAAGGCUCAGCUGCCAGCUGUGGACUUAGAGAUGUAUUUCUUUUCAUGAAUUCUUUAUUUCUCAGUGUAAUGGACUCGUUCCUUGUCUUGCAUUACCAAAGCUCACUGAAGUCAGCAGACUUUGAGGCAGAUCCCAUGUAGGCAAUGAAGAGAGAAGGGGAAAAUAGGAGGAACCCUUUCUAAUUAUAUCCAUUUAUCCUCUGUUACCUAAGCUACAGUUUGGAACCUAACUAGCAGUAAAGUCUUGACAGUAAUCAAUUACAAUAAAUUUUUCCCUAGCUGAAAGCAAUGGCAAAUUCGACUGAUAAGACACAUUUUCUGCCAGUUAAUGGGGAAAAAAAAUACAUGUGUAUCAAAAAAGAACGUGAAUGAAGUUUGCGGCGCUAUUUCUAGACAGUUGCUGCAGUUUUUUAAUAACAAUGUGUCGUCUGUGUUUUUCUUAUGUCUUUCACAAUAGCUGUGGACAUAUCCCUCAGAAAAGGUAAGGGGUUUUGCCAUUUUCAAGCCUGCAUGAGUGUUAUCAAGAGAAACACAGGUUGUGCCUACACAUGCAUUUUAAAUACUGCUUUUGCAGUGUUAACGGCCAGAUUUAAUUUUUGUGUAAGAUGUUAGCAGACUCUAUGAUAAUGCAUGCUUAACUGUUCAAAAAUCUUAGUAUGAAAGGUGCUUAAAUCCCCACUUUUAGGUUGGCCAUGCAGGAACAUCUAAGGAUAAAGAAAAGCCAGCAUAUAUCCCAUAGAGGGAUUUUUAAUGAUCUGUCUUUAUAUCCCAUUUGUUCUGAGUACAUUACAAAUGUUGCUGAAUGAUUAGCUUCUGUAAGGAGAUGUAGGUUAGCAGAUUGUGUCUGCCCUGUGUUUGGAAAGAAAUAUUUACUGAGUAAAACAAAACUGUUUGUUUCCACAGUCUAAAUAUUGGGACUAUUCUGCUGAGAAACGUGCAAGUGCAUAAUUUUAGAUUAUGUAUCUUUUCACUUUGAUCUUCACUUUCCUUGUAAUCAAAAUAAGCCAUGCUGCUUCAUGCAUGAGAAAGUCCUUGGCUUAUGAUAGUCUGAAAACAGACAUUGUUUACUUCCUGGGCAGUCAGUAACAUAACAGCACAGAGCAAUGCUUACAAUUGGACUGUGUGAACACAUCGUGAUACACUGCAGUAUAUUCUCCAUGAAACUAUUACAUAUACCCCAGAAGAGAAAUGGUUGUUUUCUCUGCUUGUGUAAGGGGAUUUCUCAUUUUAUCCAUUUAAAUUCCUUAAAAAGAAAAAAAAGCCGCCUUGAACCCUUGUAAUGAAGCCCUUUUUUUCAAAGGUUGCAAGUGUCAGCUUGCUCUCUGGCACAGCAUUGCUUCUUUGUAAGGAACUCCUAGGGUCUUCUAAUUGCGGAAGAUUGAUGAGGGAGCUGAGCAGUGCAGGACAUAGAAGAACAGUGCCAUGCAGAUCAGCCAAAACUCUUCAUGCAUUAAGAAAAGUUUGGAGAUGCUAUUUGCCAUUCCAGUAAUAUAAGAGGCUUUUUACCUGUGUUGUAUUUUCCAUAUAAACUAUCGUACAGUGCAAAACUCAACCAGAUGGAAGUAUUAGCAUUCACUUUUGAUAUCAACAGGCAUAGUUUCUGUAACAAGUUUCUUCCCAUUUCUGCAGGACAGACAGUUUGCCGGAGCGGAACACAGCGACCAUGCUACAAAAUAGUUUAUUUUCAUGAUGCUUCACGCAGGAUCAGCUAUGAAGAAGCACAGCUUGCCUGUAGAGCUGAUGGCGGACAUCUAGUCAGUAUUGAAACAGAAGCAGAGCAAAGACUGAUUGAGAAAUUUAUUGAGAGUCUCUUAGCUUCUGAUGGAGAUUUUUGGAUUGGGCUUAGGAGGAAAAAGGAGGAGGUAAACAAUAGUACAGAGUGUCAGAACCUCUACUUCUGGUCAGAUGGCAGCUCAUCCAAGUUUCGGAACUGGUAUGUAGAUGAGCCAUCCUGUGGGAGUGAAAUCUGUGUUGUGAUGUACCACCAGCCAUCUGCCCCACCAGGUGUUGGAGGUCCCUACAUGUUUCAAUGGAAUGAUGACAGAUGCAACAUGAAAAAUAACUUCAUUUGCAAAUAUUCUCUUGAGAAGCCAACAAAUGCUCCAAUAGAGAAGUCUCAAAAAGAUGUUGUAACAGAGCCCUUGAGCCCAGUAUUCCCAGGAGAACGCCAUAAUAAAGAUGCUAAUGUAACAGUUGUAGAAGCCAAAGAACCUGUUCAGGGUCUUGCCUACAUCCUUAUUCCCAGCAUUCCUGUGCUGCUUCUCCUGAUUGUCAUUAUAGCCAUCUUCUGUUUUUGGCUUUUUGUGAAGAGGAGACAGGAGCAAGUAGAUGCAAGCCCAAAGGAGGAAGACGCAUGGCUGUCUAACCCCAGGAGGAACAGUCCAAAUCUGGAUAUUUACAAAGUAAUCAAGAAGCAAUCAGAAGCAGAUCUGGCUGGAACCAGGCCUGACACUAAGAAUUCUUCCUUCCGUACACAGGAAGAUAAGGUGCUUGACAACCUCUCCAGGGAUUAUGAUGACGCAGCAAUGAAUACAUCAACGAGUGGCUUUGUGACAUUGGCCAGUACUGAAAGUGGCUUUGUGACCAAUGAUAUCUAUGAGCUGUGUGGAGAUCGUGUGGGGAGGAGCAAGGAAUCAGCCUGGGUGGAGAAUGAGAUUUAUGGAUACUAAGGAAAUGGACAAAAAAAGCCUGGAAUGUGGGUGACAAAGUGAAUAUCAAUGCAAGUUAAGCUGCCCUCCCUAUGCACUUGUUUUAAUAAUAGUAUAUGUGAUGUUUAUCCUGGUUUUGUGUUGUCCCUAUAUUCUUCUCUUUUUUGAAAGAAUAUGGGUUUUUAAAGAUCCAAACAGAAAAGAAUGUUUGUCUUUUGCUUUGCAUCGAGCCUCCUUUUGCCUGAUUCUUUUUUGUACUCCAAAGAUAUGUCUUUGAAACUAAAGGACAGUCCAAACUCCCUGUCUAUUUAACUUACCUACGCAUCUUCAGAGGUGCUGAAAAUCAGAAGUCAGUCACUGCUCAUGCUUGGUUUCUCAUAGGUGUCCCCAAGAAAGCUGCAGUGGUUGUAGGUUGGUCGUUGUUUCCAUGUCAGCCCAUAUCCCAGCUGUCUUGGCCACCCUCAUCUGCCUGUGACACUGACAGACACUUCACAAGGAGAGUAGUGUGAUUUCUGCUUCUUUCCCUCCCUCCUCAUUCUUACUGCCAAGACAAGGUAUGUGAGUCACAGCACGUAACUGUGUGUUACUUAUGCCAUUGGGUUGGUUUUUAAAAGAUCCCCGUAAGUCCUUUGGUGUCAUAAGGCUGUGUUCCCUCACCUUCUGGCAAAAGGAAUUGCAAAGCAAGGAACAAGGGACUUCACAGCAAUGCUAAAGGAAGGAAACGGGGUACUGCAAAGCAUUCUGAUUGAUCUCAGGAAUUACAGCAGCCUGGUUAGCUGUCCAGAGAUGUGCUAAUUUGGCUUAAAUGACAAACAGAGUACCAAUUCUGUUCUUGUAGAAGGAAUCGCCAGUUGUACUUUCAUUCUAGAUCUUUUUCCUCUUUGGGCCUGUGAUGUGUACUGAAUUCCAUGAAGACUGACAUCCUGAUGUUCAUCUUCAUAGAGAUGGAAUUUAUGGAAAGGUAGGUAAACAUAAAGAGUUGGAUUAAAAACAGCAUUUUGAUAAGUAAACUAAGGUAUCAUGCUAAUUAGCUAUAAUAAAUUAUUUACAGGGACUUCACAUAUUUCAAUACAUAGAUUAAAUAAGUAUUAAGGUGAGGUACUGAGGAUAGUUAGUUUAUGGAAUUUCCUCUCUGACAGUGGAAGGAAUGAUGUCUGCUUUUACCAUAGAUUUUAAAGCUUCUUUCUGAAGUCAGUAUUAGUACCUCCCAUUCUCCUGCACCUUUGGAGGAGUAGAAAUGUUAUAGGAUAGAAUGAUAGAAAUGAUGUGCAGGAUAUAGCAACUGCCACACAAUUAAAUAGAAAUUCAGGUGAAAUGAGAAUUUUCCUAUUAGAUAUGAGGAACAAGCAAGAAUAUGAAGCAACAGCAUUUACCUCAGAGUUAACGGUUUGUAGUUCACUGCUUGACUUCUAAGGGAAAAUGACGAGAUGAUCCUGCACACCAAGGGUUUUUUCAAAUCAUCAUCUUUGUUUCUCUGUUAUUUGCAACACAUUUGCACUAAGAAUGCAGAAAGGCAAGUAAAUAAGAAGUUGGGUGCCUAGCUUUUUCUUUAGGCUGUGCUUUCCUAGUUGUGGUUUAGUGAAGAGAUACCGAGAGUUAUCACAGCAAGUUGAAUACCACACAGCUUUACUUGGAAUCAGGAAGGUAAAGAAUUUGCUCAUCACCAUGGAUUCUUAACUAAUUAGUUGUAUUUGAUUUUUAACUCAUCACAUGGACAAGUUUUCAUCUUCCAUGCAUUAGACAGAUGAUAUUCCAGUAUCUCGCAUAUAAGCUUGUAAUUUCUUAUGCUACAUAGUACAGAAAGCAUCACUGUAUAUGUUUGUCGAGAAGAAAUACAGCAAAGGGGACUCAGGAGUAGUGCUUACAACCUGAGAUAGCGGUUAACUAGCUUUUUGCUAGGGCUUUCUGAUAAGUAUCUUGUUCAUGAGACAUGAUCGGAUCAAUGUUUGUCUCACAGUUGUAAGGACUUAACGACCUUCAUAUGAGCUUAGAGCAAAGUCCUGUGGCAAGGUCUCUGACUGCCACGUUUGCCAGUGCAGCUAAGUGUAACAGGAGUUUGGAUGAAAACUGAGAUGCCCUGUGCUGCUGGAUGUGGGCUUGCUUUAGCUGAAUUCCAUUGUAAAACUUACUUUGCAGGAAGUUGGAGAUACUUGCAAUUCCCAAGGCUUUUGGAAAGGAAUAGGAAGGGAAGUCUGAUUUAUCAAAUAAGCACAUAAUCUGGUUGCAUAAAGGACUGCUUUCUGUAAAAUGUUUGAUGUUAGUACUGAGGUCUGCUAAACAAAAAAUGCAUUUACAGUUAUAACAUUUCCCCCACCAAAAUGAACAGGUACAAUCCAUUCCUGUGCUCCCCAGCUCCUUCAGGCUAUGGAUGGACAACACACAUUGUUUUGCGUUUUCUGCUUUUCAAAGAACUUUGUCCUUACCUGAACACAUUGGUGCUAAAUAGACAUGUGGAGUCUGAAGCACAAGUUCUGCAGCAAGUGGUGGAUUCUAAGGCACAUUUAGUGGCCAUGAAGUACUGAUAGCAGCAGUGUAGCCUCUGGAUUUUUGUCAGUACGGAGCUAGUCUGAGUUUCUUAAGUGAAUUGAGUCCAGCUGUUAAUACUGAAGUCAUGAAUAUGCUUAGAAGUUUGCAUUCAGAGCUGUACAGCUUCUUUCUUGGGAUCUUUGCAUGUUCAUAGCUGUGUAUGUGUGGAAAACCCUGCAAAAUUAGCCCAUUAAGAUUUAUCUGUCCUGUCUAAUGUGUUAUCUCCGCUGUUUCGUACAUUGGUUUAUGUAUGGUUUAUGUUUUUCAUACAUUGGUCUCAAGGCUAAUAUGUUCAGCUUUGAGAAAACCAGCACAUUUUGCUUUGUCUGCACUUACUCUGUUUUCAAUUAUGAGCUGUUCCUUAAAGCUGGAGUUUUAUUUGAUUAUAUCCCAUUGGACUGAGGAAGAAGUGGGAGUGCCAGACAGAGAACCAAGUAUGUUGAAUGUUCAGAAGCUGGACAUCUGCACUGAAGAAAAGAAAGCAUUUAGGACAUUUUCAUGUAUGUGGGGCCGUGUGGAUUCAGCUCUGUUUUCUGCCUCAGUCUGUUCUUAACUACCAAGUGUCUCAGUCCCAUGAGAAAAACAGAAAUAACAGCAUUUCACAGGCUUCCGGGGAUGCUUGGAAUCUAAAAGUGAGUGACUCUGAGGUGCUUUUGAGACUCUAAUAAUGAGGCCUUAUAAUUGACAAAAUUUUAAUUUUAUUGUCCAGCAGAUCUGUGCAGUGAUUUUGAAGCAUGUCUAGACUAAGUCAUUAUGUACAAAAAAUUAUUUGAUUAAAGAUAUGGUUUGGUUGAGCA